UCCAGCAUGGAGCCGUGCAUAUGUACUAACUCCCAACAAAUACAACAUUUAAGUGUGUAUAAUAACAUUACUACUAACUCCAACCCAAAAAAAAAAAGAUUCCCGUCGUCAUUAUACUCCUACCACUAUAUAUAUACACACAUGCACACAGCAGGAAAUCACAAAUCGCAGCAAACAAGAAUCAUCUCUCAUAUCUCAAACUGUGAAUCAACCCAAGAAAAAUGGCAUCCGGAAAAAUGUUGUCGGCCCUCGUCGUGGCCACUGCGCUCUUCGGCUUAGCCAUUGCGACGGACCACACCAUCGGUGGCCCCAGUGGCUGGACCAUGGGCUCUGAUCUUCGGACAUGGUCUGCCUCACAAACGUUUGUUGUCGGCGACAAUCUUGUUUUUGCAUACCCAUCUGCGUUUCACGACGUGGUUGAAGUUUCCAAACCCGAAUUCGACAAUUGCCAAGCGAUUAAACCGCUCGUGACGUUCUCCAAUGGCAACACCGUUGUUCCCCUAACUUCUCCUGGAAAAAGGUACUUCAUUUGUGGGAUGCCCGGACACUGCACUCAAGGGAUGAAGCUCGAGGUGAACGUCCUCCCAACCGCAAACGCAGUUACUCCGCUUCCAAACGCGUCUCCGCAACCGCUUCCAAACGCAGGAAACGCGAUUCUCCCUCCAAUCGCGUCGCCGCCAUCCACAUUACUCUCUGUCGUGUCUCCACAGCCUCUGUUGCCUCUCAACCCCGCGGGAGUUGUCCCUGUCCCUGUCCUCUCUCCAUCUUCCACGCCAAUUCCCGGAGCUUCUUCCUCCUCUUCUUCUCUGCCUCUCAUCCCGGAACUCUCGCCGAGAUCUUCGCCGGCGGUGACGUCCCUGCCGUCGUUUCCGGGAUCUCCGAGCACCACUUCGUCCAAGACCGUCGGAAACUUCCCUUCCUCCACCGAUCUGCCUCCUUCCGCCGAUUCCUCGGCUUCCCCGAAGACCCUUGUUCUUGGAUUCGGAAUCGCGUUCGUGAUUAUGGUGAUUCACUUGUUUUGAUGAACUGGGUGUUUUUUCAGACAGAUUUCUUUUGUCUGAAGAUCGAGAAUGUGCUGUUUGGUUCUGUAUAUGAGGGAUGCGUUUGCUAUUGUUGCUGUCUUCUUCUAGUGAUUGUCUCGCUUUGAGUAUUUAGAUCGAUCAAACCUAUUGAACUCUGGUUCUUUCUGUGUAUCUGUAUUGGUUGCUUGCUAGAGUAAAUGGUGAAUUGCUUGUCUUUUCUGUUCCUGUACCAAUAAAUUAAGACAUUAAUCACUGGUUUAAUUCAGAU